GACGCCUUGCGGCCAUGGCGGCCCUCCGCAGCGGCGGCCCCGAGCUCCGCGCCUUCCUGAGGCGGCACAGCCUCGUCCAGGCCUACGAGGCUCUACUUUGUGGUGUAAUUGUUAUGCAUCCAGAAGACCCACUUAUAUUUUUAGAGGAAAAGCUCGGGGAAAUAAUGAAAAAGGGAAUAGAUGCUGCUUUAUGGUAUCUGUGUAUUGAUUCGUCUUUACACCCAAAAUUAAAGAGGAUUUCAGAAACUCACCUGGACACACUUUUUGGAGUAGAUGCAUAACUGAUGACUGAAGAAUUAUGUACCAAAGCAUGGAACUUUUAUAGCAGAAACUUAAUGAAGCUGUAUUUUGGAGGAUGGAUUAAAUACAUUUUGCUGAAAAAGAACAAAAGAAAAAAGGCAGAGCAGAAGAUGGCUCUGGCUCUAGUUCAUUAUGACAUCCAAAUAUUAAAAACAGUUACACAGAAGUGGAGCAUGUGGGUUCGGAUUCACAAGGAAAAAAUUGCAUUAGCAGCAAGCAGACUGCAAGAUAUCUCUAACAAAAUAAAUUUGAGUGCUGUCUUGAAAGCAAAGGCCCACAGCUCUUCAAAAACAAAUGCACAUUUUCUGAGCCUGGCAAAGGAAAGUCAGAAAGGCUUUUCUGAUUCAAAUGAUCUUACCAUCAAACGUAAAACAUACCGUUUCCCAGAAAAAGCCUUAUUACAGAUUUUCCGUUUUGUAAAUAUUGUUGAUCUAGCAAGAUGUGCUCAAGUUAGUCAAGCCUGGGUGCUACUAACUCAGAACAGUUCGUUAUGGAGUGAUGAUGAAUCAAUGAGAUUCAUAUCUGAAGGCUGCAGUCUCCAUUUAAAUUUGCCAUAUACAAACAUUACUAAGGGAACAAUACAACUUUUGUCAAGGAGCUUUCCCAAUUUGCAGUAUGUGAGUUUAGCUCACUGCAGAAAAUUCACAGACAAAGGUUUACAGUACCUGGGCACUGGCACGGGAUGUCACAAGCUCAUCUACUUGGACCUUUCAGGUUGCAUUCAGAUUUCAGUUGAUGGCUUCAGAAAUAUUGGCAAUGGCUGCAGUGGGAUUCGAGAUUUGCUAAUCAGUGAAAUGCCAACUCUUACAGACAGAUGUAUUCAAGCUCUGGUUGAAAAAUGUCGACAAAUAACAUCUGUAGUGUUCCUUGAUUCUCCACAUCUUUCUGAUACAACUUUUAAAGCCCUUGCUGAAUGUAAACUUGUUAAAGUCAGGAUUGAGGGAAAUAACCAAAUUACUGACCUGAGUUUCAAGAUGAUGAGUAAAUGCUGCCAAUACAUCAGGCGCAUUCAUUUUGUGGGAUGCCAGAAGAUAUCAGACACAGGUCUUAAGAUGAUUUCAAAACUGAAAUAUAUUCUUGUCUUAAAUGUGGUGGACUGCUUAAGAAUCAGCGAUGGAGGUGUUCAGCCAUUUGUACGAGGUUCUUCAGGAGCUAAGCUGAGAGAGCUGAAUUUGGGUAACUGUAUCCAUGUCACUGAUGCUUCUGUCAAAGAAAUAGCACAAAGAUGUCAUCAACUGACCUUUAAUCUACAUCACUGUGAAAAUGUGACUGAUGCUGGAAUUGAAGCUUUGGGAAAUAUGUUGUCACUGAUAUCCAUUGAUCUCUCUGGAACCUGCAUCUCAGAUAUGGGUUUGAGAGCCCUUGGCCGCCAUGGAAAAAUCAAGCAGCUUUCUCUAUUGGAAUGCAAAAACAUCAACGACACUGGGAUUCAGGUGUUCUGCAAAGGCACUAAGCACCUGGAAUAUUGUCAUGUCUCCUGCUGCCAUCAGCUGACAGAUGAAGCUGCAAAAGCUUUGGCAUUUCACUGCCACAAACUAACAUCUGUCAGCAGAGCUGGUUGUCCAAAGAUGACUGAUACCUGUAUCCAGUAUUUGACCACAGCUUGCAAUUAUCUCCACUUUUUAGACAUCUCAGGUUGCAUUAAUCUUACUGACAAAGCACUAAAAUGUCUUUGAAAAGGGUGUAAGCAACUCCAGAUUCUCAAGAUGCUCUACUGUAGAAAUAUUACCAACUGCCACAGGCUCCCCAGCCAAGCCAGACAUGGGCACGCCAGAACAAAUCAAGAUGAGAGCUACCAGGACUGCCAUAGGGCUGGAGCAGAGGCUGGGAAAGGACAGGCUGAGAACUGGGCUGGUCAGUCAUGGGAAGACUUGGAUCGGAGUGGGAGAGACCAUAUUGCUGUCUGUGACCCUCUGAUGAGAGGAUACAAAAGAGAAGACAAGGCCAGGCUCUCCUCAACGUUUCCACGACACCUAACAUCAAGAGAUUCAGUUAUGGUAAGGAAACUUUUAGUGUUCUUUGUAGAAACAACUUCUGCAAAGUAUUUUUUUGUCUUGUUAUUUUCUUCUGUUAUAAGCUGCCUUGAAAUAUACUCCAGAUUGGAGCAACAAGACUAUAGUAACGCUGACCCUCCUUCCUGGCUUGGCUAUGACAGGGAUGGUAACAUACCUUCACCAAAAAGCACAAGUGAGAACCUGAUUGAACGAAUUCUUCAAAAUGAGAAAUGAAGAAAUUAUGCACCAUCUAGAGUUGAAGGUUUGGGUUUGUUUUUUUUUGUCUGUUUUUCACAAGAACAUGAAAAGAACACUGCAUUAUUUUUCUUGCAAUUAAUCAGACUUCAAUAAAAGACCACACUGGAUUAAUAAGGAUGUUCUGUAAACCUUUCUCACAGGGGCAUGCACGCCUUCAAGCAAGACAGCUGCACUGAAACGACAUCGCUAACUUUCACAUGUUGAUUCAAGCUGUCUUCAUCUUUCAAUAGUAAGAGGUUUUUGUAGUCUCCUGCAGAGUAAGCAAUAAAUAAAUCUGUAUGUGUUUAGGGCUUAUUUGCCAUCAAGGUUGUCCAGAACAUAAACACUCAGACUUCCCACAGAACCUCCCCUUGACACGGCUGGUACUCAUCAAGUGCUUCUUGAACAUGGGAGAGCGAUGAGGAACGGUGUCCAGGUAGCGAUGACAUGUUUGUUCAUACACGACUAUGCAUGCACAUUUAAGACUCUUCUACUUCUCAGCAGUCUGCUGCACACUGACAGCACUAAUUCUUAUGAAGGCCUCUUAUGCUAUGAGUUCAGCUCUGUAAGCAAGCCAGUGCCUAUACUUUCA